CUCUCCCAGAAAGCAAAACCUCGACACUAAAUAUAGCACAAACCCCCAACAGGGUCUCUUCAUUUAUACACACUCGCCCUAGGUUAUAGGGUUUCCCCCGCCCGUAGUUGACGGCCGGACUCUCAUGAAGGACCUGGGGCUACUAUGGACUAGAAGGGGGAAUCUAAGCAAGGAAAAGAGCGGCGGCGGCGGCGGCACCAGCGAAGGCAAAGGAGUUGCCGUUGAUGGCGCUGGCAGCACCGGUGUAGAGAGCAGCAGAGGGGGAGGGGCUGUGUACCGGGUUAGCGUCUGUUUGGUCUGCAUACAUGCUGCAUCCACUGCAGAAAAAAAAGGGAAAUACUCACGUAGCGCUGCCGCUAGGGUAGCCGCUGCCGAUGGCGGCGGCACCGCUGGGGAUCAGAGCAGCGGACUUGGUGGGCUUGCCGCUGCCGGGCUUGCCAGGGAGGCCAGUGGCACCAGCUCCGAGAGUGACGGUGGAGUAGGUGACGGUGGGAACGCAGGUGGUCACAGCGAUGACAGUGACGGAGCUGCUGGCAGCGGCGGGGGGAGCACCACCGGCAGUCUCGGCAGAGGCGCCGGAGGGGACAACAGCGGGAGCCGAAGGAGCGGAGCCGGAGCCGCUAGCGGGAGAGCCACCGGCGGGGGAGCUGCCAGCGGGAGCCUGGGGAGCAGCGGUGGUACCAGCGGCGGAGGCACCCUCGGGGACAGAGGAAGUGGGCUUCUCAGUGACGGAGGAAGCAGGGACCUCGGGAACGGAGGUGGUGGUAGCAACGGGAGAGACGCCCUCAGUGGUGGUAGCAGCGACAGCCUCGGGGGUGGAGGUCGAGUGGACACGUCCAGGGCAGUUGGUGACGGUGGGAGCGCAAGAGAUGAUGGUCACAUCCUCGGUCUGGUAGACGGUCUCGACAUCCUGGGGGAUGGCAGCAACGAGGCUGGCGAAGAGGGCAAUGGUGGCAACGGAGAAACGCAUCUUGAAUGUUGUGUUUGUGGGUGUGGUGAUAAAUCUAAACCGUCAAGGUUGAUUCUGUUAUUGAGUUUGGUGGGUAAAGAGAGUGUGGACAGUUGGGCUGUGUUUAAAAGAGUGGCAGACCGAAGUCAAGAGGAUUGAUUGCUUCAAGCAGUUGAAUCUGAGGAAAAGAGAAACAGAGAAGAAUCAGAAAAGACUGGAGCAGGAGGAGGGGGGAAAUGAGAGCCUUU